AUGAAUCCCCAUCAGCAGAACAAGAUCGAUACUAGCAAAAUGAGCCCGGAUGAGCAGCGGCUUUUCCGCCUCUAUGGCAAGAUGCCCACCAAGAAAGACCUCCUGCAGAACAAAUUGAAGGAGCGCAAAUACUUUGACUCGGGGGAUUACGCACUCAGCAAGGCCGGAAAGGCUUCGGAUGUCGGUGUCACCAACAUCGGCUCCCAGCACCCCGUCCCGGAGAACAUUCCUCACCUAACUGCCACCUCGCCUGGUGCUAACAACCCUGCGGCUGCAAGCAAUGGCGGCAGCAUCAGUGCUCAAGGAGGCCAGCAGAUCCCUGGUAGCAUCAGUGGCCAUCCCGGCUCCAUCGGAUUUCAGAGCCGAAGCCCCGUGAAGGACCCAAGUUAUCUGCAACGGGAGACAAGUGCGGAUGAGACCGAGGAAGCCGAGAAGAAGGAAGAUGACAGCGUGAGCCCACCCCCUGCGCGUGGUGGUGUUCCGAUCCGACAAUAA